AUGGCAACACCGGAAAAGGCUUCCGAACGGAUCAGAUCCUUUUACGGAGGUCCACCUACUAGAAUCACAAUCAACAGAACAAAGGGUACGUACCAAGUUACCAGUGUCAAUAAAAAAAUGUCGAAUGAUCCAUCCAAAUCGUCCAGAAAAUCAACGCACGGUCAUCAGAAAGCUGCUUCUGAACCAGGUGUGCCGUUCAAACCACCCCGAGUACCGAAACCUAGAUUGGUGGAUGGACACGCCCACGCACACAAUAAACAGCUUGACAAAGCAGCUACGAAUGAUACCUAUUUCGACAAUGCGUCUUUGGGCAGACGAGAUCUGGGUAGUCUACAUAUGAGGAAACAACUUGACUGUAGGCGGAGAAGGAUCAGCGACUCACACACACUGACAAGUUUUGAGAACGCGACGGCCACAAAGUCGACAACAUAUAAUCGCAAACAAAAAAGACGAAGUAGUUUGUUGAUCUAUUUCAUAAAAGAAACUACUCACGAGGUUGUUGAGAACUCUUCGACAGCCCACGACUGGUUUCGCCCUUCUUGGGGCUCAUUAGUGGGAUCACAAAUACCUCUGGUACUUUGUUCUACCCAACUCUAUCACCGAAACUCUUACCUGCGCUCAAUGUCUCCAACAAAGAAACUAUCGCAACUUUUCCCAUCCAAGUCAUUUAAUUCAGUGAGUGAAUUGCUCACGGUAAAACUUCCAGAUGGACGAGUACUCAUCCUGGACGAACUUGGCGAACAAUCGAUUGGGGAGGCCCUUGUGGGCUACAUGAGAACAAUGGAAAAGCCAAUGGAAUGUGUGGACGCCAGCAUAGAUCGCGUGAUACCGUGGAAGACACUCACCAGAGAUCUCAACGGACGUGCUCUCUACAUUCGAGAAAUUGGUGGCCUGAACUCAGUCGUGAUAUCACAGAACCCCCAAAGUGGACGACGUUUGGAAAAACGUGCCUCUGCACGAGUGGACAAUAUGGUUUCACUACACAACUGGUUCAGUUAUUUCGCAUCAACCGUCCCGGAUGAAGUCACCUUGGCCGACAAGUACGAAAUGAAUUGUCUCCUGGAAAACCCUCCGUCAACCACACCGCCGAGUCGACGCCCAAGCAAAUUAGGGAGGCGAGACAAAGAGGUCAAAGCAGUGUCCGGUGCCGAAACAGACGCCAUUUUUCACGCUUCAACACCGGAUUCUCCUCGUCUGUCCAGCAGUCAUCCACGCCUAGAUGAACCAUCGACAGCAACUCGGAUUGCGGAAUAUCGAAAUCGUUUGUUUUCAAUCAAGCAAAACUGGGAAGAUAUCGUUAAACCUAAUCGGGAACUCAGCAGAAAGGAGAUGAAGAAACAGGCCGCGAUUUGGGAAGUAUUGGUCACUGAACUGAAAUACAUCAAUGACCUGCGAUGUAUUUUAGAUAAUUACAUCGCUCCAUUCCUCCGACAUCGAGAAAAACUAUUUUUGAACUUGGAACCUGUACAAAUCUUCAGCAAUUUGGAACAGGUCUACCAAGCCAAUCUGCGUCUUUGGUUCGGAUAUCUACACAAGGCUUAUCGGAAGGUGUCGGAAUCAGGGGAAUUGCUUUCUGCCGAAAUUCUGGAGCCAGGAUUUCUUCAAAUUCCUCAACUCUUUUGGCCCUAUCCAAAAUAUUGCUCCGACCUGCCACGCUGUCAGAAGUAUGUCAAACAUGCCCGAAUUAACAAUGGAACGUUUGCCACCUUCCUACAGUGGGCUGAUAAAUCUUGUCCGGAACAGCGAGAAUCUCUAUGGGAUCAGUUGGCCAAGCCAUUCAAGCGUAUCACCAAAUAUCCACUGAUGCUCGAGAACAUACAACAAUAUUGUGAUGAUCCCGAAGAGAUGGAAUGCUUAAGUCGCAUGUUGAGUCAAGUGAAGGCCUUCGUCCGAACCAUCGACAGUCACCUGGAACCUUCAGAACCUCGUGCACAGAUGGAUGCGCUGGUGGACGAGUUGAUGUUCCCAGACUACAACGAGAAUCCCGGUGAUGGAUAUCAGUAUUUCUAUGAUCACUUCCGAAGGUCCUCUUUACUAGAAGACAUUGAAUUGCCUGCACCAGUGGUCUUGACAGUGAGUGAUAUCCGGGCGAUCCAGGAUUCCCAUAUCCUCGGGGAAGUAGAACUUGGCGUCGCAAGUCAGCCAUCUCGCCCUUCACUGGACUACAGUGACUUAACAUCCCCAUUUUCAAUGGGUGAGAAUUUCUUCACCUGCAACCCAGUGAGCGUCACCUCCCCACUCAGAUCGAGCACUUUAAAUUUGUCGGACUUUUCGGGAGCUCCGAAGGAUCGCGUUAGACGAAUCAGCUCACUGAAAAGCAUUUCUUCCAUUGACGUGGAACCCGAAGCGUUGCCAGUGUAUUUGUCAAGAUGGAUUCCACCGAAAGGCUACAGUACCACCAAACUGGCUCCAACAAUCUUGGAUCGCAUCCGGUCAGCGAAUGUACCGUCAGGACUACGACGCACAGUUCCCCGACGAUUGCUGUUUCGAGGGCCAUUGAGAUUCCGCGAAGGCCAAGGAAAGGUGAGAU